AUGUAUCGAAUCGUUGGGUGUAUCGUCUUUUCGCUAUGGCUUGUACCUACUCUUGUAACUACGGAAAUCAUCGGUCUAGAAACAAAAUCAUUUCGUGGCGGAGAUCGAUUAGGGCCAUCUUCCCUUCCUCUUCGAUUGUUUGCCAUGCGAUUCUGUCCAUGGUGUGAGCGAGUAUUGCUUAGUCUUGCUAGGAAAAACAUGAGUGCCGAGGUUAUCAACGUGAAUCUUUCCGAUAAGCCAGAAUUUUUGAUGCAAAGGAAUCCUGAAGGAAAAGUGCCUGUUUUAGAGGAUCGAGGAAAGAUCAUCCUCGACUCGGCACUUAUCUCUGAAUAUCUCGACUGGAUCAAUCCUCAGUCAUCUAUCCUUCCAAUGGAUCCCUAUCUGAGAGCAAAGCAAAGAAUGAUUUCAAAUCUCCUGGAGGAAAAGGUACCAGCUGCAGUUCAUGCAAUUGUGGAAGGACAACGAAACCCAUCGGAAAGGGAAUCCGCUAAAGUCGCUGUGCGUGAAGCUCUUGAAAUAGCAGAACGACUACUCAAAUCUGCUUACUUUGGUGGUUCGUCGAUUUUCAAUUUUCCACUCGAAGCGUUCAUCUAA